UCUCCGCCAUCCUAUGUGCGGUUGAGUUCUCUCCUCACCAUGUCUUCUCACAAGACUUUCAGGAUCAAGCGAUUCCUGGCCAAGAAACAAAAGCAGAAUCGUCCCAUUCCUCAAUGGAUUCGAAUGAAAACUGGCAAUAAAAUCAGGUACAACUCCAAGAGAAGACAUUGGAGAAGAACCAAGCUGGGUCUAUAAGAAGCAAGCUGGGUCUAUAAGAAGUGGUCUUAACAUGUGUGGCACACAUGUUAAGACCACUUUUUUACGCAGCCAAAUCACAAUGAGAACAUCACUACAGUAAUGCUUGGCUCCUGAUGCUAUUUCCUCACUAUCAGUCUGAGACCCAGUAAUAAAUAUGAAACAUUGGAAAAAAAAA